AUGAAUAAAUUAACGGUUGAUAAUGAUAAAAAUUUGGUAAAUAUCCCAAACAACUUUGACCAAAAAAUAAAACUUUUACAACAAGAAAUAACCAACAAAGAAACUGAAAAAUUUCAAAAUCUGGAACAACAAUUUAAGGAAAAUUAUCAUUCUUUGGAAUUAAAAAUACAAAAAAUAGAGGAGGAAAAUAAAGACAAAAUUACAAAUUUAGAAAAAAUAAUUCAACAAAAAGAUGGAAAAAUAAAUUCAUUGGAAGGGGAAGUUAAAAAGGUAGAUUUAAAUGUUUUAGUCAUGAAGGUUAAAACCGUAGAAAUUAUAUAA